AAAGCCGGGCGCUGAUUGGUGAGCUCUGGCCGGGAGCGGAAGCCGGUGUUUCGCAGCCCAGAGCAUUUGCAGCUGGUCACUCCAGUCUCCUGGGACUUUGACUCGCCCUACCCGACGCGCUCCUGCUGAGGGUCGCCGGAGAUGUCGCUCGGCCGCCUUCUACCAGGAGCCUGAUCCGUGCCGCCCGCCGCCCGGAUGGGACCACCAGAGUGCUCUAAAGUCUCCAGUGAAUAUUGAAUUGCUGAGGAUUUUGGGAAAAGGCAAAUCAAAGUUCCCAUUCCAUGGAUCCCUUAGGUGCACCUUCCCAGUUUGUGGAUGUGGAUACACUACCAAGCUGGGGUGACUCAUGCCAAGAUGAAUUAAAUUCCUCUGAUACUACAGCUGAAAUAUUUCAGGAAGACACUGAUCGAUCACCUUUUCUUUAUAAUAAGGACGUCAAUGGAAAAGUGGUUCUUUGGAAAGGAGAUGUGGCAUUACUGAACUGUACAGCCAUUGUGAAUACCAGCAAUGAAAGUCUCACAGAUAAGAAUCCUGUGUCAGAAAGUAUCUUCAUGCUUGCAGGGCCUGAUUUGAAGGAAGAUCUCCAGAAACUUAAAGGGUGCCGAACAGGUGAAGCAAAAUUGACAAAAGGAUUCAAUCUAGCUGCCCGGUUCAUCAUUCACACAGUGGGACCUAAAUAUAAGAGCCGCUAUCGCACAGCAGCCGAGAGUUCCCUUUAUAGCUGCUACAGAAACGUACUUCAACUAGCAAAAGAGCAAUCAAUGUCUUCUGUUGGCUUCUGUGUCAUCAAUUCUGCAAAACGUGGUUAUCCUUUAGAGGAUGCAACACACAUAGCACUUCGCACUGUAAGGAGAUUCCUAGAGAUUCAUGGGGAAACCAUUGAAAAAGUAGUAUUUGCUGUCUCUGAUCUUGAAGAGGCUACUUACCAAAAGCUGCUACCUCUGUACUUCCCAAGGUCAUUAAAAGAGGAGAAUCGAUCAUUGCCCUACCUACCUGCAGAUAUUGGAAAUGCAGAAGGGGAGCCUGUGGUACCUGAACGACAGAUUAGAAUAAGUGAGAAACCUGGUGCUCCAGAAGAUAACCAAGAAGAGGAGGAUGAAGGCUUGGGAGUUGAUCUGUCUUUCAUUGGCUCUCAUGCUUUUGCUCGAAUGGAAGGAGAUAUUGACAAGCAAAGAAAACUGAUCCUUCAGGGACAGUUAUCAGAGGCAGCUCUGCAGAAGCAGCAUCAAAGAAAUUAUAAUCGCUGGUUAUGUCAAGCAAGAUCUGAGGAUCUGUCUGAUAUUGCUUCUCUAAAAGCCUUAUACCAAACAGGUGUUGAUAACUGUGGUCGAACAGUGAUGGUGGUAGUUGGAAGAAACAUUCCUGUAACAUUAAUAGAUAUGGACAAGGCUCUCUUAUAUUUCAUUCAUGUAAUGGAUCACAUUGCUGUGAAGGAGUAUGUAUUAGUGUAUUUUCACACCCUGACCAGCGAAUACAAUCACCUGGACUCCGACUUCCUGAAGAAACUCUACGAUGUUGUUGAUGUCAAGUACAAGAGGAAUUUGAAGGCUGUUUAUUUUGUUCAUCCCACAUUUCGUUCAAAGGUGUCAACAUGGUUUUUUACCACCUUUUCUGUCUCAGGACUGAAGGACAAAAUCCACCAUGUGGACAGCCUCCACCAGCUGUUUUCUGCCAUAUCACCAGAACAGAUUGACUUUCCUCCUUUUGUCCUUGAAUAUGAUGCCAGGGAAAACGGGCCUUACUAUACAUCAUAUCCCCCAUCACCAGAUUUGUGACCUGCCAUCUUUCAGUGCUUCUUGGUUCCCAGGAUGCCACUUCCUCCACAAAUAGCUGCCUGUUGAAGUGAUAUUCAUUGUUGCUGUACAGAUCCAGAGAGCCUUUUGUCCCCAUCUCUCUGGUAUUUUUUUAUUGACUGUAUAUUUUCUGGCACAUAAGCAAUCUAAAAAUGGUAGGCCAUUCUGAACUGCACACAUUUUAAAUUUGUAUAUUUAUAUCAAAUGGAAAUGUUCAUUUUUAGAUUGUUAAUAGGAAUUGGGGAGCAACUUUUGAGUAUCUUUAGUUUCCUGAAGGACACCGAAUUCUCCAUUAGAUAAACCACCAAGACUGUUCACAUCAUCUCUCUAACAUUGCACGCUUCCUUUGUGUACUUAAGUGAUUCUCGAAAUAUACAGAACCAAUGUAUGCUAACCAGAUGCAUUGUUUGCUUCAGAUCCAUGGUGUUAAUACCAUGUAUAUUUUAUAAAGAUAAUUUAGCUGUGUUAAAAGAGAAUUAUCUGAGUCCAAGAAUGUGGAAAUGUAUCUGACAAAAAACAUCAAAAUGAUUAGCAAAACGUAGGACUUAGAAUGUUAAUGUACAAGUUAAGACUAAAGUUUAAGGACUAAGAUUCCUUGGAUUAUAUGAUUUGUUAAGAUUGCCACAGUCCUGAUCUCAACAGUGUGGGGGGAAACAAGAAGACUGUAUCUUCAGCCUUUUUCCUAUAAUCGUGGAUGAUUUGGUCUUAUUCAAAAGGACCGCACAUAUUAGUACUCUUAAGAGCAUCUUCCAAGACUCCAGCAGUGAGGAUUUAGAGAGUGUGUUGUCUUCCAGAGUUAUGAAUGAUUUUGUUUAGCUAUCAGGUCUACUACCUCUAAGGACAUUUCAUAGCAGCAUCUCUUGAGUUGCCUGCAUCAGUGUGGAGGAAGUGUGUCACAGUGAACAAAUCCAGGGAGCUGAUAAUUGGCAAAAGACCACUUUUACCACUCAGGCUGUAUUUGUGCCUUAGCUUGCUUAUGAGUAAAAAUUAGAAUUAUGCUGCCUACCUCAGAGAGGUAUCAUGAAGAUAGCAUUUCCAAAGGGCUUUGUUGUGGUGGGGUAUCUUCAGUUAGUUUUUAAAUGGGAAUAAAUAUAUAUGAGGGAAUGCUACACAGCACUCCUCUUGUCCUUGAUACCAUUUGAGUGAUUUUUCUUUUUGUGUGGCAAUACCUGUUAGUGUAAAAUUCCUUCCUCUUUUGUCCAGAAUCUCUUCUGGCCUGCUCAUCCCUGAUGCUAUACUUCAAUGAGAGGCAUCUGUUGGCCAUUUUAAACUUUUCUUCUUGAAUUAAGGUCAAACCAUUAUUACUCCCAUCUGGGUAGCUUCAUACUUUUUUUUUGAUUCCUACAGCCACCUCCCCAUGGCCCCAUCUUCCUCACCCCAUCACGUACAUUGGCAGUUCAGAAAAAAAAAAAAAGCAGAACCUUUCUGUUCUAUCAUGUGCUCCAGAUCAGUGCUUCCAAGGGUCCCAUUCUUUUCUGCCCAAACUAAUUCUUCAUUGGAGAUCAAAGAAACAUAUUCUCUUCAUUUAUGAUAGGGAAAUGCCCCUAUAGUUGCAUUAAAUUCAUCCUGUAUUUUCCCAUAUAAACAAGAAGGGACUUUACAUUUUUUAGAUAAAGGUUCUUUUCUUUUGCAUGUAUUGAACACAUUUUCUUUGUGUCAGACCUCAAAAUUACUUGAUCCUUAUAUAUACAUCUAUGUUAAGAUUUUCUCUUAUGUCCGCUAGGUCAUCACAUCCAGGCAGCCAGUCAGGUGUCAGAUGUUAAGCUUUCUCUCAAAUAGUACUUUUUUUUUUAACCCCUUGGGCCCUGUACCUUAAAAGUCUGAAACUUUAACUUCAUCUUCUACAGUCAGUCGUGAGAUCAUAUUUGAAGUAUCUUCUUCACAAGGAGCAGCUAUGAAAGUCUGCCAACUUUUCUUUGUUAAAGGGGAACUUGGCUACCUCAAGAAUCUGGCCCAAACCAUUUUCUAUAUAGAUAAUAGAGGCCGUAAGCUACUUUGCCAAUUUGAAAGGAAGCAAAUUUAUAUGUACAGUUUAUUACAGGCAAUAAUUUUGAAAGGAUGUUCCUUUGCUAUAUUCAUACCAGUAUAUUAAUGUUUAGUAACACAAGCAGGAUUCUACAUAUGCUGAGAUUUUAGUACAAUUGAUGUCCUAGGGUAUAAAGGUGGUACAGAACUAUAUACAUAUCAACUGUGUUUUAUAAUUCAAUGAUGACUAAAGAAAGAUAAGGACUACUCUUCUCACUGAAACUAAAUUUGAUGUGGGACCAAGUUCAUGCUUUUAUAGAUGUCUAAAGUGUUAUAGGAUGAAGUUGCUUCAAAGUACCAAAUCCUAGAGGAGAAACAUAAUGAUCUUGAUAUUGAAAUGAUUAAGCAACAUUUGGUAUACCAAUCUGCCUUUGUGAAGAGGUUUAGCCUGAAUAAUACAUGCCAUUUUCAAGGACAUAUUAGAGGAUAAAGGGGAUACUGGAUGGAGAUGACCACCAGCAUCUGAUGUUAAUUCAAAGCACCACCAAGUCUUUAAUUUAAUUAAACUUCGGUCAUGCCAAAUGCUAAUUGAAUUGUUGAAGACACAAGUUAUAAAAUAUUAAUUUAUUAAUCAUGAAAGGCAUAAUCAAAAAGGCAUAAUUGAUUUUUAAAACAAGUACACUUCUUGCUUCCACGUGUAUUUGGGUUCUUAAUUCAUCUAUAUCCAAGUUUCUUGAUAGUGAAAAUUACCUCUUAAAAAAAGUUCAGCCUUUAUUAGACUCGUGAGGGCAAAUGGCACAUAUUUUAAAGAUGUUUUCUCCUUUAAUGUAUAUUAUAUUUCAUUGGCGGAUGCUUUAUAUUUCCUUUUUCUUUUUCUUUUUUUUUGGAGACAAUCUUGCUUUGUCACCCAAGCUGGAGUGCAAUGGUGUGAUCUCGGCUCACUGCAGCCUCCGCCUCCCAGGUUUAAGUGGUUCUCCUGCCUCAGCCUCCCUAGUAGCUGGAACUACAGGUGCCUGCCACCAUGCCUGGCUAAUUUUUUGUAUUUUUUUUUUUUCAGUAGAGACAGGGUUUCACCGUGUUGGCCAGACUGGUCUCAAACUCCUGACUUCAAGUGAUCCGCCCGCCUGGGCCUCCCAAACUGUUGGGCUUACCAGUAUGAGCCACCGUGCCCAUCCUGUAUUUCCUUUUUCAAAGGAAUACAUCUGCAGUAUUUUGAGUAAUUAGCAGAGGGUUUUUUGAGUAUUUUUGGUAGGAAAAAUAGAUGUAGUUUUUUAAUCAAAUUUCUGAAAUUGAAAAGAAAAUAUCACUUCUUUUUAAAGAGGGAUAAGUGUAGUCACUCUAGUAGAAAAACAUGGCUUGCCUGUUUCCUCUUCUUUUCUGUUUGCUUGGAUAUUGUUUAAUGAAUACAAACUGUAGGUUUAGUCUUGUCUUUAUAACAGUUAACGGAGAAGUGAUAAAAUUAAGUAUUCAGCAUAAACUAAAGAUCAGUCUUUGUAGUUCCCCGAUACAUUGACUGUAUGUAUGUAUAUAGAGUUUAAAUUGCUUAAUAUAUGCACAGAAAUGAUUAGAAUUUGAAGUACUAUAUAGAGGAGAGUUACAUGGUUCUAGUGGCAGUGGAUUGAUUGUAUUAAGGACCAAAAGAACUACAGGAUAAUAUAAAAACACCUUGAAAACUGGAGUGAGUUAGGUUUCUUUUUCUUUUUUUUUUUUUAACAGCCUUACUGUAGGUUUUUUUUUUUUUUUUUUUUUUUUUUUGGUCACCCAGGCUGGAGUGCAAUGGCGCGAUCUCAGCUCAUUGUAAUCUCUGUCUCCUGGAUUCAAGAGAUUCUCCUGUCUCAGCCUCCCCAGUAAGUGAGAUUACAGGCAUGCACCACCAUGCCCGGCUAAUUUUUGUAUUUUUAGUAGAGACGGGGUUUCGCCAUGUUGGCCAGGCUGCUCUCAAAUUCCUGAACUCAAGUGAUCUGCCCACCUCGGCCUCCCAAAGUGCCAGAUUACAGGCAUAAGCCACCGUGCCUGGCCAGGUUUCUGAUUAUAGUUUUCUUAAGUUGUAAUCAUCAUAAUUAACGUGCGCUAGAGUGUUUUAACUGUGCUGGCACUAAUGCUUCUUGGCAUAUGAUUAACUCUUGUUUUGCAAUUGCCUGAGACCAUGAAGAAUGAAGGAGGGCUUUACCUUACCUUAGUCAUUUUGUGUGAAUACCGUAAACUGGGUGGCAUAACAAAACACAUUUAUUUCUCACAGUUGGAGGCUGAGAAACCCCAAGAUCAGAGUGCCAUCCAGCGCGAUUCCUGAUGAGGGCCCUCUUCUGGCUUCUUGCUGUAUUCUCACUUGGCAGAGAGAGAGAGAGAGACAUCGUUACUUUCCUGUCUCUUCUUAUAAGGGCACUAAUCUCAUUCGUGAGGGCUCCACCCUCAUGACAUAAUUACCACCCAGAGGCCCCACCUCCAAAUGCCAUCACUUUGUAUGUUAGGGCUUCAACAUAUGAAUUUGCAGGUGAGGAGGAGAACAUAAGCAUUCAGUUCAUAACAUACCUAUAAUCUAGGUCAUAUAAACCCAGAGAUGAUAAGGAUCGCCUGGUAGGCCUAGCCAUAUAUACAUAUACAUGCAUGCACACACACAUAUAUGCAUAAUCUGCCUUGUUUUACAUUGAGUCUGACUUCUGUGGUCCAUAUGUAAAGAACAUAGAGCAAUAAAUAACCUAGUUCAAGCUUUGAGUCUUACUGAACUAGUCCUUAAACAGAUGGUAUCAAGAUCAUUUUAGAUAUUAAUGACUGUCUUGUAUAUUAGUUAUUAUUUUUUACACUUUUAAGAACAGCAUCUUUGAAUCUUUUCAAGUACAGUAUGCCUUAAAUAUAUAGGACCACUGAGUUCAGGAAGAAAAGCAUAGGUAUUCUUUAGGUGAAUUACACUAACAAAAUCACAACUGCAGAAUGUGAUCUGAUACUUUUGUUGGACAGUAAAGCCAAUACAUUUUAUAUACACAGUCACACCUUUUUUUUUGUAAAUGUGUUUCGUUAACGUAAGCACACGGUCAUCACAGACUGAGACAGGACUUUGUUAGACCAGAUCUUGUGAGCUAAAUAUUUAAGAGCUUAACAUAUAUAAAUGAUUUUAAUUGGUAUUGGGCGAAGGAAACCUAAAAAUGCUUAAAUUGACAGAUCUUACAAUUUGUUUACUGAAAAUUCAGAAAGUUUUUAUGAAAACUUUGUAUUUUAAAAUUUUUUUGCUCAUUCUGAAUUAGAAGUUAGAUCCCUUUUAAAGAGGGUCUCACUCUAUACAAAUACAGCCUAUGAAGAACCAAUAGUGAAAUAAUAGUGUUUACAUUGAACCCCAGGAUGGGACAUUAUUUUUUGACCAUUUACAUCAGGUCUUUCUCUAAUUACCAAAGUUAACCUGAAGAGUAGUUAAAAACUCAGUGAAUUUUAGUCAGCGUUCUCUGUGGAGACCUGGACUAGUGCUUCCCAAACUUUCAUGUGCACGUAUCAAAUCAGCUGAGGAUAUUAUUAAAUGGAGAUUCCAAUUCAGUAGUUCUGGGGUGGCCUCUGGGAUUAUCAGUUUCUAACAAGGUCUUAGGUGUUAUCAAUUCUCCUGCUCCCCAGACCAUAGUUAGAGUAAAAGAGUAUAGACUGCAUUUAGCUUCCAGAUUUUCUCUUUCAAGGAAACGAGACAGAACUGUCAUUGUAAUUCUUCCUGUGGUCCAGGCACACGUUCAUCAUCUCUUCUAAUGCUCUUACAAAUCCUGUGAGGUUGGUGAUAAUAGAAGUUACCUACUGAAGACAACAUUGACAAGCAGGACCGACCGUGUAGACCAGUUUUCUCAAACUUGAAUAAUGUACUUCACUUUUUAAUAAGGAAAAAAAUCUCUUAGCUCCUCAGUUUUUGCUUAAUUUAUAUUUAUUAUAAUGUUAUCUAAAUACAUAUAAACAUAAAACUAGGUAUAAAUGCUUUAUGUUUAUAUGUCUUGCACAAGUAUAAAACCAAAACAAGUUUAUGGGUUAACACAAGCAAAACUAUAAAACUAAUAAAAUUUAAAAUAGUAUCAAAUAGUGAUGUUUUGACAAAAUGAAAUCGUCACUUGUAAUGUGAUUAUGGUACUGAGUGCUACAGUACAGGCUCUUUUCAGCUCAGCAGGCAUGUACUGCCAUGUGCUAUGUGAUGACCCAAUUCACCCUGUUUUUUUCUAUUCAGACUAUUACUUUUAUUUGUUCAGCACAUAGUGAUGUUAUUUGGUCCUCAUCUAGCCUGAAUCCAUCAUUCGCCUAUUAAAACAGCCUCUGUUCUCCAUAAGCCUUCCACCACUAAUGUAGAACUGGGCCUUAACAGGGAAGUCAAUACAAAUACAAACCUAAGCACUGAGAUGGUUCUGCCAAUAUUUGGUUUUAAUACAAUUAUCCAAAUAAUUCAGAGCAUGAAUAUUAUUUUAAAAUGUUUCAUCAACAUGAAUAAUGCAUAAUUCUCAUAGUAAGUUCAUGGGCACUUUCCUACACCCAACACAUAUAUACUCCACAAGGAUUUCUCAUGGACCCCAGUUUAAGAAGCAACAAUUUAGUGGUCAGUAGCAUUGGCGCUUUGGCUUCUGACACACUCAGGCCUUGGGCCUGUUUCUCAACUUUUUCUGAACCUCAGUGUUUUCAUGUAUUCAACAGGGAUAAUAUUAAUUGAAUAAUUAGGAGGAACAAAUGCAAUAAUGUACAUAAAGCAUGCAUGGUAGUGUUUAUAAAUAGCAGCCACCACUGCUUUGAUUAGAAAUAAUAACAGCUAACAUUUGAGGAUUUACUGUGUGCCUUGAACACUGCUAAGCUCUUUAUAUAUAUUACAUAUUGAGUGGUAGAAUCAGGAUUCAAAUCCAGAUCUGACUCCAAAGCGCAUGCUUUUAUAAAACAUAAUUUAAAUAUAGAAUAUCAAUGUAAAUUGCUUAUUUAGAAAGUUUCUUUUCUUAUAUUUUCUCAAAAAUAUUUAUUAUCAAAUUAGUGAUUUUGUAGAGGGGUAAAUAGCUAAAUUUCCUUUUAAAAAUUGUAUGAUGUGCUGAUUUCAAAUUGAUGUGAAAUACAGAUUUCAUUUAAAGGCAGUCAUGCCAGAUUGUGUAACAGUAAAGGAAUAUUCAGACCACUGGGCUCAACUUAGCAUUAUUAUUCUCUUGCAUAUUUGUGAUCAGUGACUUAUAACAUGAGAUUCUCCCUGAAUUGCAAUAUAGCUUUUUUUGCAGAAAAAGCAUUCCCCCCCAUCAGUAUUAUUCCAUGUCAGUUUUGUGAAAUAGUGUGCAAACAGCCUAAUGUUCAUAUGUAAAGCAUCUUUCAAAACUUUAGUUUCUAGUCAGUCUUCUAUCUUUUCUUAGUUUUCUAAGGUAAACUCUGCAAUUCUGUAAAAAUGAAGAAACAUACUGUACGCUGGAUUUUUGUUUGUUUUGCUUCGUCUCUGUUUGGGUGGGUAAUGGGAGGAAAUACUAGUAGAGAGUUGCAAAAGAAACUACUCCAGUAAUUAUUUAUUAAUGAAGAUGGUAGUUAUGAAAUUUAAAAAUUUUCUCUACUUACUAAAACAUAAAUUUGCACAAAUUAUUAAAGUAGUGGAGACAUGAAAUAUGAGGCUGUUACUGAAUUUUGUUAAUUAAGAUUAUUUUUUAAAUAUGUCCCUUUAUCCCAUCCUAGAUAACAACACAAUAAUAAUAAUCUAUGUUGUGGAAAUUAUUGAUUCUUUUGCAUUGCAGCCUCUUUUCUACAUUUCCAGAGUCUUCAAGUUUAGUGAAUGAAUUUCUCUCCAUAUGUGUGGGUUAUCAAGAUAGAGCAUAUGUUUUCUGUAAUACUUCAUCACUACCUCAACAUAUCAUACCAUAAGAAAAUUGCUUGGCUGGGCACAGUGACUCAUGCCUGUAAUCUCAGCAUUUUGGGAGGCCGAGGCGGGUGGAUUACCUGAGGUCAGGAGUUUGAGACCAGCCUGGCCAACAUGGUGAAACCCCAUCUCCACAAAAAUUAGCCGGGCAUGGUAGUGCACGCCUGUGGUCCCAGCUACUCCGGAGGCUGAGGCAGGAAAAUUGCUUGAACCUGGGAGGCGGAGGUUGCAGUAGCCAAGAUCGUGCCACUGCCCUCCAGCCUGGGUGACAGAGCGAGACUCUGUCUCCAAACAAAAAAAGAAAAAGAAAAGUGCUCUGGCAUAACAUUUAUAGAUACAGCCCAGUCUUCCUAAUUUUCUUCAUUUCAACAAUGUUAUUUGACUUGAGUUAUAAGCCUAUUUCAGUUAAAGUUAUGGUCCUCUUUCUUUUAUUGAAUACAAAUAAGACAUCUUUAUAUAACUUUUCCUUUACUACUUGAAUGGGAUGGCCUCUAGUCUUUUGCUUCUUUAAAAUCCAAACUUACUGUUUAUUAGUAGGUUUAUAAAGCAUUUGACUAUUUAUGUUUUCUAGUUUAGAUGUGUCUGGUAUUUACAUUUUGAAAUACUUAAUAUAAAUGAUAAAAUAUAUUUUUUGAAAUAGGGGGUUAUGUUAUCAAUUUUAUUUCUAAAAGUAAAUUAGGUGUUAACAUUUAUUAUGAAAGGGGAUACUGGUUCUCAGACAGUUCAGAAUCACUGAAACCCCUUAUUUUACAAAUGAAGAAAUGGAGGCUCAGGCAGGUUAAAGCAGAUUGGACUAAUGCCAAAUCAUGUAGAUUCUAGGUACUGUCAGGGUGACAUUGCCACUGAUAGCUUGAGCUGUUUGGUUGAUAACUACAUUUGCACAGCUGUCAGACUUUAACAUUCCCUCUUAUGUCCUCUAAAGAAGGGGGAUUUUUAAAAAUUCAUUAUUUAUUUUUUGUUUACAUGACACUUGCUUAGCCAAGUUCCAGGGGAGGAACAGAGUUCAGGAACUAGCAGCAGAGGUUAGCAAUCAUCAUUCUGGGAUUGUGAAAAUAUUUUGAGGUGGGUUUAAUGUUAAAUUUAAACAUUUGGGAUUUUUUUUUUACACAAAUGCUCAUUUACUGUCUCAUCCCUUAAAUAGAAAUUCCUCCUUUCAGCAAAGUUAAACAGGAAAGCAACAUUUAGAACCAAUUAACACUAAGAAAAUGUUUAUCUGAAUGUGAUGAACUUACACCACCUAGAAAACUGCACAGACUUGGGCAGUGAUACCCUAUCAAGUGCCAAAAUUGUGCCAAGAUAAGCUUCAUAAUAAAAUUAUGGAGGCUCUCACAAGAGAAAAUGAAUUCUUACCUAUGAGCUCAUUUUUUCUGACAUUAAUUUGAUAGCAUGGAAAUUCUAGCUUGUUCCUGCCUGAAAUGGGCAAGAUCACAAUACAGAGAAAAUCUAUACUUCUUCCACUCAUUCAGCAAAUCAUUACUAAGGAUCUAUGUGUUGAAGUAAUGCUAGCUGCUAUAACAAACAAUCUGAAAAUGCAUAAUGGCUUAACCACAAUAGAAAUGUAUUUUUCACAUAAAGCUUGAACAGCUGUUCCUGAUGAGCAAGCAGCUCUUCUCCAAGUCCUGAUUCAGAGACCUAAGUAUCUUCAAUAUUGGGGGCCCGCCAGCUUCAACAUGUGGCUCCCAAAGGAUUCGUGCUUUUCUGCUUCAAGCUGGCAGAUGGGAAAACAGCAUGGAGGACCUGCCCACAAAGUUUUUAUAUGUCAGAACUGGAGGUGGCACAUACCACUUCUGUUCAAAUGCCAUUAUGUAGAACUCAGUCACUUGGCUACACUUAAGUGCAAGUUUAGGAGGCUAGGAAAUGUAGUCUGUGGGCCCAGGAUGAAGAGAGUAAGAGUUUGGUGCUCGCUUUCUGCAAUAAACUUUUGGGCUGUCUUCUAGGUGCUGGAAACAUAAAAUUAUAAGAGAUAUUCCAGCUAAGUGGAAAUAAAUUGCAACAUAGUGAAAGAAAUGCCUCACUACAGAUAUAUCAAAUGUCAUUUCACAGAGUAAGUCAAAUGACACAUGAUCACAGUUUUGUCUCGAACAAAAUCCCAUGGCAUAACUUGGGACACUGAACUGAAGCUCUUAGUUUCUUGAAUCCCUAUCACCAUAUGUGCACAUACAGGCUAAUAGCUUAUAAGUAUUCUGUGUUCCAUUUCAGAUAACCACAGUAAAGUGAAUACUGCAAUAAAGCAAGUCACCAGAAUUUUCUAAUUUCCCAGUGCAUAUAAAAGUUAUGUUUACACUAUACUGUAGCUUAUUAAGUGUGCAAUAGUAUUAUGUUUUUUAAAAGUCAAUGUACAUACCUUAAUUUAAAAAUUCUAUAUUGUGAAAAGAUGCUAACGAUCAUCUGAGCCUUCAGCGAGUUGUAAUCUUUUUGCUGGUGGAGGGUCCUGCCUUGAUGUUGAUGGCUGCUGACUGCUCAAGGUGGUGGCUACUAAAGGUUGGAGUGACUGUGGCAAUUUCUUAAAAUAAAACAGCAAUGCAGUUUUCCACAUCCAUUGACUGUUCCUUUCACAAACGAUUUAUCUGUAGCAUGCAAUGCUGUCCUAUAGCGUUUUACUCAGAGUAGAACUUCUUUCAAAAUUGGAAUCAGUCCUCUCAAACCCUGCCAGUGCUUUACCAACUAAGGUUGUGAAAUCUAAAUCCUUGUCAUUCCAGCAAUGUUCACAGCAUCAUCAAUAUAUUCCAUCUCAAGAAACUACUUUGUUUGCUCAUCCAUAAGAAGCAGCCCCUUAUGCAUUAAAGUUUUCUCUUGAGAUUGCAGCAAUUCAGUCACAUCUUCAGGCUUCACUUCUAAUUCAAGUUCUCUUGCUAUUUCAACUACAUCUGCAGUUACUUUUUCCAUGGAAGUCUUGAACUCCUCAAAGUCAUCCAUAAGGGUUGGAAUCUACUCCCAAACUCUUAUUAAUAUUGAUAUGUUGACCUCCUCCCAUGAAUCACAAAUGUUCUCAAUGACAUGAAGAAUGGUGAGUCUUUCACUGAAAGCUUUCAAUUGACUUUGUCCAGAUCCAUCAGAGGAAUUACUAUCUGUUGCAGCUAUUGCCUUACAGAAAAUGUAUUUGGUAAGUAAUAAGACUUGAAAGUUGAAUUCACUCCUUGAUUCAUGGGCUGCCGAAUGGAUGUUGUAUAACAGGCAUGAAAAUUUCAUCUUGUAAAUCUCCAUUAGAGACUUUGGGUGACCAGGUGCAUUACCAAUGAGCAGUAAUAUUUUUAAAGAACUCUUCUUUUCUAAGAGGUAAAUCUCAACAAUGGCUUAAAAUAGUCAGUAAACCAGCCGGUCGCGGUGGCUCACACCUGUAAUCUCAGCACUUUUGGAGGCUGGGGCAGGUGGAUCAUGAGGUCUGGAGUUCAAGACCAGCCUAGCCAACAUGGUGAAACCCUGUUUCUACUAAAAAUACAAAAAUUAUCCAGGCGUGGUGUCACACGCCUGUAGUCCCAGCUACUCUGGAGGCUGAGGCAGGAGAAUUGCUUGAACCUGGGAGGCAGAGGUUGCAGUGAGCCGAGAUUGCACCACUGUACUUCAGCCUGGGCAACAAAGUGAGACUCUGUCUCAAAAAAUAAUAAUAAUAUUCAGUAAACCAUGCUGUAAACAGGCUGUCUUCUGGGCUUUGUUGUUCCAUUUAUAGAGCACAGGUAGAGUAGAUUUAGCCUAAUUCUUAAGGGCCAUAGAAUUUCUGGAAUGGCAAAUGAGCAUUGGCUUCAACUUAGUCACCAGCUGCAUUAGCCCCUAAUAAGAGAGUCAGACUUUCCUUUGAAGCUUUGAAGCCAGGUAUUAACUUAUCUCUAGCUAUGAAAGUCCUAGAGGCAUCUUCUUCCAAUAGAAGUCUAUAUUCUCUACUUUGAAAAUCUGUUGUUUAGUGUAGCUACCUUCAUCAGUUAGCUAGAUCUUCUGGAUGACUUGCUGCAGCUUCUACAUCAAUACUUGCUGCUUCACCUUGCACUUUUAUGUUAUGGAGGUGGCUUCUUUCCUUAAACCUCAUGAACCAACCUCUGCAAGUGUCAGACUUUUCUUCUGCAGCUUUCUCACUUCUCUCAGCCUUCAUAGAAUUGAAGAGAGUUAGGGUCUUGCUGUAGAUUAAGCUUUGGCUUAAGGGAAUGUUAUAGCUGGUUUAAUCUUAUAUUCAGACCACUAAGACUUUGUCCCUGUUUACUGAUAGGGACACAUUUCAUCACAUUUUGUUCUCACUGGAGUGCACUUUUAAUUUCCUUCGAUAACUUUUUUUUUGCAUUCACAACUUAGCUGUUUGGAGCAAGAAAUCUAGCUUUCAGCCUGUCUAGGCUUUUGACAUGCCUUUCUCCCUAAGCUUAAUCAUUUCUAGCUUUUGAUUUAAAGUGACAAAUAUGUGACUCUUCCUUUCAGAUGAAUACUUAGAGGGCAUUUUAAGGUUAUUAAUUGGCCUAAUUUCAGUAUUGCUGUGUCUCAGGGAAUAGGGAAGCCCAAAGAGGGCGAGACACAGUGGAACAGCCGGUCAGUGGAGCAGUCAGAACACACAACAUUCAUUGAUUAGGUUUUCCAUCUUAUAUGGGUGCAGUUUGUGUCCCCAAAAUGAUUGCAAUAGCAACAUCAAAGAUCACCAUAUUAGUAUAAUGAUGAAAAAAAUUGAAAGUCUUGCAAUAUUGACACAUCAGUAUUGCAAUGUCUUGCAAAAUGUGACACACAGACAUGAAUUGAGCGUGUGCUGUUGGAAAAAUGGCACUGAGACAUGCUUGGUGCAGGGUUGCCACAAACCUUCAAUUAAAAAAAAACACUAUUUUUUCCAAGCACGAUAAAGCAAAGCACAAUAAGAUUAUGUAUGCCAAUAUUCUAAAACAAACAGGAUGGAGGAGCAUCUAGACAUUCUUUACUGAAUCUUGUAAUAAUCUUACUACUCAAAGGAAGGUCUGUGGAUCAGGAACAUUGACAUGUUAGGAAUAUAGACUCAGCCCCCACCCCAGCACUAGGGAAUCCGAUUCCAUUUUAUCAAGAUGCCCCAGGCAAUUUACAUCCACAUCAAGGUUUAAGAGUCCUUGUAAUCCUGGCUCUGGCAUUUACUAGCAGUGUGAUGUUAGAUUGCAUAAUCUCCGUCUCCACUUUGUCAGCUGUAAAAUAGAGGGUGGAGUGCAGGAAGACAGGGUGCAUGUAAUUGGAUAUUGGGAUAUCUCUAGAGAUAAGUUACACAAAUGUUAAAUAACACCUCUUGCUUAGUAAGCAUUGGUUAUUUUCACGUGCUAAGUACUUUCAAAAACAACUGUAAGGGGAUACAGCUUUCAAAUUCUCUUAAGUAUUUGAACUCAUCCUCUUUAAACCCUUACCCUUAUUUAUGUCACAUUAAGGGUUUUUAGCCUAUUGAAAUGUUGGGGAGGGUUUUUAUUCAUAUGGUUUAGUCUUUGUUCCUUAGAGAUGAGUAAGCACAGGAAAAAUAAGCAUUUCCAAAGUCAGCAAAUAGUGUUUGUCCUAAUAAGCCCUAAUAUAGACAAAUGGCCAUAACUUCAAUCAAUGAAUUAUCAAGUUAUAAACUUAAAAAUGUACACAGAAACAAUCUACUAAUUUGUCGAACCUUGAAGGACACUGACUGCUUAAUGGACUUUAGUCAUAAUAUGUUGUAACCCUAGAUUAACUGAAAUGGGUGAAAUGGAUAUGUAUAUAUAGAAUAAGUUUGUGCAAAGAGAAGAUAACCUGGUUUUCAACUUCUUUGAAAACAUGUUUUAGUAUAAUCUUUGUGCAUCAUUUAGUAAGUAUAAUAUAUUCUGUUAAGUUUCAUGUUUGUCUUAUGUAAUGAUUUGGAAAGCACAUCCAGGUCUUUCAGUGUCUCGGGCUCAUCCUUCUCAUACUGUUUCACUUCAUCCUGUGUGGUCAGUGUAGAAGGUUAUCAGAGCAGAAUCUGUACUGCCUUAAGAACACAGUCUGAGACUUUCAGAGCAUCUUUAAAGUAAGUUCCUAGUAUCAGUUUACUUGGCUUUUGCCUCUUUUUCUAAAAGUAAAUUAUAAUGUUAAAAUUCCAGUUUAAUUAAGGUAUAUUUACUGAUGUUAUGGGAUGGCUUACUUCAGGCUCAUGAAAUUCUGUAAAGCUGGAAAAGAAAUUGAAAGGCCUCAAUUCUUACAGCUUUUACUCAAGGAAAUGAGCAAAUCUAGCACCAUUUACAUUUGAGUUCAAAUAGGAAUAAGGUACUAACUUUAACCUCAAUUGUUGAAUUAUACCAUUGAUUUGUUGGAAUCAUGGAUCGGUGGGAACUUUUCAAAUUAAGAGGGAAUUAUUUUCUGUUCCCAUCUAUGUCAAAACUUGUAUAUAUUUGUAUGCAUUCAGACCCUGCUUCUCAAUUCAUAGAGAAAUGAACUUAAAGUUUGGAAAGGAAGCAUGAGCAUGCUUCUCAGUUGUUUUCUUUGUAAAGCACUUAGUACAAGACCAGAACUAAGAGGUGCUCAAUGCUUUCUUAUUAAAUGUAUCUUAUUGGUAUGGAAAAAGGUGUCCUAGCAAACCUAUUUAAAAAAAAAAAAACAAACUAUUUAUUUAUUUAUUUAUUUUGUAGAGUCUGGGUCUUGCUCUGUUGCCUGGGCUAGUCUCGAGCUCCUGGCCUCAAGCGAUCCUUCUGCCUAAGGUUCCCAAAAUGCUGGGAUUACAGCAUAAGCCACCACACCUGGGCAGCAAACCUAAUUUUGAGCCUAACAUAACACCUGUGAGAGUUAAGCAGGAAAGAAUUAAGAAUCCACCCCACCUUUUUUUUUUUUUUUUUUUUUGAGGCAGGGUCUCACUUUGUUACCCAGGCCGGAGUGCAGUGGCGUGAUCAUGGCUCACUGCAGCUUCGACCUCCUGGGCUGAAGCGAUCCUCCCACCCCAGCCUCCUGAGUAGCUGGGACUACAGGCAUGCAUCACCACACCUGGCUAACUUUUUUAUUUUGUAGAGACAGAGUCUUGCUAUGUUGCCCAGGCUGGCCUCAAACUCCUGGGCUCAAGUGAUCCUCCUGCCUCCACCUAACUCCCCAAGUGUUGGGAUUCUAGGCAUGAGCCAUUGCAUCUGGCUGUACCUGGGCUUUUUUGUUUAUUUGUUUUGUUCUUAUGUUUAUAAUCAUUUAUUUUAUUAUGACAUGUACCAAAAUCAAACUGUAAUAUCAUAAUCCUGUACAAUAUUCUCUUUUGAUGUAAAGACUCAUAUGACAUAUGCCUAUUUCUAUUCUAAUCUUAUAGCGUAUAUCCUUUUUUGGUAUAUUUACUUUUGUUUUCUUUCUUCUUUUUUAGCAGCUUUAUUGAGAUAUAAUUUACAUAUUAUAAAUAUCAUCCAUUUAAAGUGUACAGUCCAAUCAUUUGUAGUACACUCCAAGAGUUGUAUAACCAUCACCACAAUCUACUCUUAGAACAGUUUCAACAUCCUAAAAAACUCCAUACCCAUUUGCAGUCAUUCCUUAUUCCCCCUGUCCUCCCUGCUUGCUCCCAUGUCUGGGUUUUACUGCAGUGUGUGCUCCCUCUUAGACACUUCUUCAUACUCAUAAGUAUUUGUUGAAUGAAUUAACAAAUUAACACAUGGGGGUACCUGUGAUAUUUUGAUACAUGUAGGGCAUUGUAUCCACACAGAACACUAGCUAUGUGUGGUAGCUAAGGUUAGUUGAAAGGGCAGUGGAAUAGGUGUCAGAAGACUUGAUUCAAUCCUAACUCUGAUUCUUACCAGUAGUGUUGGGCCAGGUUCAGCAUCACUUGCCCCUUCCAAGUCUGUUUUCACAUCUAUAAAAUGGAGAUAUCAACAUCUGCCUCACAGGGUAGUUGUGAGAAUCAGUUGAGAAGAUCUGAUCACAGUACUUGGCAACAGUGCCUGGCCCACACUAGGAAGGUAAUUAUUGUUUGUUCAGCAAUGGAAGAUAAACUCCUAGGUUCGUGACCGGGGGAAAUAUCUGCUACCAGAUUAGAGACUAAGGAAAUCUUAUAGCAGGUAUUUUUCCUGGUAGGGGUUCAAAGUAAUGUCAUAGUACGUUUCAGUGCCUCAGUCUCUCUAGUUUCCUUUUUCAAAGAAAAUUCUAGAGUAAAAAUUACAACUACUGUGCUUACCUUUCCUCACAACUGCUGCCUCUACUAUUUCUACAUAAUAGCUGUUUCUUCUCCACAUGCUAAUGUUGAUUCUUCCCGUAGAGCACACAGUUUCUUAUAGGCAAACACCAUCCAUCAACUAUGAAGAACUGACCUAGGAUGGAUUACCAGCUCCUCUUCCCAACCUCAGCAGUAUUUGUCACUCCUUUCCUUUACUGUGGGUGCAGAAACCAUCUCCAGGAGGAGAAGCUGUCUAACAAGCACUGACAGCCUGGGAAUGAUUGCUAGGUCUUCUUUCAGGGGCUAAGGAACAUAUUUAAUUGCCUUUGCAAUUCUUAUAGCUGCCACCUCCCUCUGCCCCCAGAGUUGGCUUAGCAGAUUUGCUAUGCAUGUGCAUCUUAAGAAAAUAUCUCCUAUGCAAUAGUAAUGAAAUAGUGGUAGCUAUCAUUUUUAGUAUGCCAGGCAUUGUAAAAUAUUUAUUUUUUUGCAUUGUGAUACAUAUAUAAUAUAGUAUCCAGGCAUUGUCAUAUACAUAUAUGUGUGUGUGUGUGUGUAUAUAUAUAUAUAUAUAUAUAUAUACACACACACAGAUACUAGUUUAUUGAGGCUUCUAUGUGACCUAAUAUAUGGCCAUUUUUGAUUGAUACAUAAUAGUUGCACAUAUUUUGGGGGUACAUGUGAUAUAUUGAUACAGGUAGGGCAUUAUAAAUAUAUUAAGUCUUUACAAUAACCUGGCAAUUAUAUUGAAUAUUGUCAAUGAAAAAAAAAACCUCUCAAGUUAGGUAUUUUUCUCAUUUUACAGAAGGAAAAAAGUAUCUUAGAGAAGGAAAAAAGUAUCUUAGAGAAGUAAUGAAACUAGCUAUAAGGUAACAUCAGGGAAUAGAUUUUGGAAAGGCAGAGAUUAUGUAAGCCUACCUAUACAAAGCUUCUUACUGUUGGGCUAUCCAUUAAGUGAUAUUGGUCUGGUAGAUAGAAGUAUAGGCUUCAAUUAAAAUUGUAGCCCAGCUUUUUACUAGCUUUGUGGCCUCUGAUAUAUUUCCCAACCUUGUUGAAUUUCACUUCUCUCAGAUGUAAAAAGUACUUGCUUCUUAGAGUUGUUGUGAAGCUCAAAUGACUUAAUACUUCUAAAAUGCUCAUAAAUAUUUAUUGUUUCAUUUAAAUAUUGCAAUUGCUGUCAUCAAAAUGUUUCACUCUGCACACUUAUCAGAUACACUUGAUUUUUUAAUUUUAAGGUAUAUUCAUUACUCAUUUAGAAGGUGUAUAUUUGGUAUGUCUAUCCUACAAGAGAAAAUUACAUUUUAAAUCAGGGUUGGCAUACUUUUUUUAGUAAAGGGCCAGAUAGUAAAUAUUUUAGGCUUUGCAGGCCAUAUGGUCUCUUGUCACAACUACUCAAAUAUGCUGUUGUAGCAUGAAAACCAUUACAGAACAGUACAUUAACAAAUGGGUGUGCAAUGUUCCAGUAAGACUUUAUUUAUGGAGACUGGAACUUACAUUUCUAAUAAUUUUCAAGUUUAAACAAGAUACUAUUUUUCUUUGUGUUCAACCACUUAAGAAUGUAGAAACCACACUUAAGGGCCAUAUAAAAACAAGCAGUGUGUCAUAGUUUGCCAAUCCCUGUUUUAAAUAAUUCAAUGGUUCUUUAAAGCUGAUGAAUCCAGCAGAGCCCUAAUUAUGGAAAAGCAUUGUGGAAGAGAGAAAUCAAGAGCCAGCCAAUCUAUCAGCUAGUUAGCCCAGAGCACAGCUAUAUUAAUCACUCCCUUGCCUAACACAAUUCAUGCAACUCCUUUGAGCUUAACCUUUUCAUCUAUAAAAAUGGAGUAAUGAUGUAUCUCCAACCCAUACCUACUUUAUCCUGGUGAAGGGAGUUUAAUAAUAAUUAAAUAAUAAUUAAAUUACUGAAUUUUUAUCCCUGUGCUAGAUAUUUGAGUCAUUUAAGUUCUAAUCUUUUUAUUCCUACUUUAUAGUGGAAGAAAUAGAAGUUAAGGGAGCCAAAAAAAAAAAAAAAAAAACCUGUUCCGGGUUGUCACACCAGUGUCUAAGCCCAAGUGCGUUUGACUCAAACUCUCAUAAACUCUUCCAACCUCCUUAGUAGAAUGGAAAUUCCAUGAGAGUGGUGACCACACUGGACUUGCUCUGCACUACCCCAGUGCUCAGACUAGUACCUGGCAUAUAGCAGGCACUGAAUAAAUACUUGUUGAAUAAAUGAAUGAAUUCAUGCCAGUGGUUCUUAAUCUUAGGUUAGGGAUGGCUUUGAAAAAAUCUUAAAGUUAUGGAUCAUCCUUCCAGAUAAAUCAUAUCUCAAACUGAGAAACCUUGCAGUUAGGAUUUGGCAGACUAUUGAAAGAAGAUGCUAUUCACCACACUCUGAAUAACAUUGAUUAGAAUUAUUUUCAUAGGCAUGGAAACAGGAUUUUUAGAUGUCUUGUUUCUUUCUUUUUCCUGUGUUCAUGUUGAGGGCAUUACAUAGGCCUAAAAUGUUUUUUUUUUUCUGUCUCUACAGUUUGCUCAUAGCUCUUGGGCAUACUUUUUAAAUCUCUUGAGUCUCUUAAAUGGCACCUUCUCCAAAACUAAUACUUAAAAAUGACUUUUGUUGGAUCCAAACUACUUCAAAAUGAAAAGUGAGAAGCCUAUUAAGCCUAAUAUGCAAUUUUUUGUCUUCAGAAAUAGAGCUGUUAGGGAAAUACCCACCCUUCAUUGCCUAAAGGCCAACCAAGUCUGAAGCUAGUACAUUGCUCAGAACAGACCUGCCGCUUCUGCUUCUUGUCAUGACUUAUAGCUUUAUUUUCUACUCAGUGAGAGGAAGUUAUCAGUAUUCAGAUGUUACUAAGUUCAGGUGUUACUGGUUUAUAUUCAUUCUCCUAUAAAGCAUCUGUUGUUUUCGUACCCUUAUCAUUUACAUCAGGACCUUGAGAUCAUGACACAGUCCAGGUAAAUAAGAUUAAGGGUGUUUUGUUUUCACAGAAUGGUGCAAAAACAAAAUCUAUUGCUUAGAAAAAAUUAAAGUACUGCUCUCACCUACUCUCCCUUUCCAACUUUAUUUUACUGCAUUCCCCUAAAAAGUUCCAUUGUCAAACCUAAGUAUUUUCUUUCACUGUCCCCGGGAUAAGUCAUUCUAUUCACAUUUUGGUCAUGCCAUGCCAUUAUUUUCUCCAUGACACUUAUUACCAGGCUCCUAUUCAGCCACAUCAAUUGUUAAAAAUACUGAAAUACUUCCUUCCAUAUAAGCUGAUAAAUAGCUGCUGUCCUGAGCCAAGUACCCUUUGCUACCUGUCCCCCUUCCACAUUCCAUGGAUCUCCCCACAAUCAAACAAGCAAAGAGUUAAUACCUCAUGUCCUUCCAGGACCCCACUCCAAAACUAUGGCCAACAUCUCUUCUGAUUGGUCAGUGCCAGUGCCAUGCCAGUUUAGAUAUCAUGCCUAUUUAUCACCAUAUAUAUAUAUGAAUAACUAGAGGCAUAGACUUCUCUGUUUUGUUCAUUGCAUUAUCCCCAAUGUCUCCUUGAACAGUUUCUGACAUAUAGUGGGCUCUCAAAUAAUUAUUGAAAGAAUAAAUGAAAUGUGCUUUUGCAUAUGGUACCAAAAAAGAUCUAAGACAAGAGAACCACUUGAUCAAUCAGGAUUUGGAAACCACUGGAUGAGUCAUAAGAGCAAGGAGGCCAUACGAGUUAAGUUAGAAUGCCUUUUUGGGGACAGCCAAAUGGUCUUUCCUUCAGUUUGGAGCCUUGAUUCACAGUGUUAACCCUUAAUACUUUUGUUUUUUCCAGGCAAGGGAAAUAUAAGUGAGUAUCGGGUUUCAAGUCCCAAAUUGCCUCACUAAUGACCAGAUACUAGGCCAGGAGAUAGUUGGCUUACACUUUAAGCCUACAAGGCAAGGAGGCCUAUGGUAAGGCUGUGAGGUGAUGAUGAGGCAAUCUUGCCAAGGAGUUUGUGCAGCCUUCUGUAAUUGUGGAGAUUCAGUCACCCAGAAUAACUAAAAUGAACCAUUAAGCCUAACUGGCCAGAGCUGUUCCUGUACUUCCUGACAGCUGGGCCUCUGCACACACACAGGAGAAAGAAUGAGCACCAAUGGGUGCUUAAUAUCUACUUGUGGAGCUACCCACAGGUAAAGCUCACCUACACAAACCUGGGCACCAUUAUCAGCAUGUCUCCUUUCCUAGGUUAGGAAACAAAGCAGAAACACAUGCAUUUCACCUCACCUUAGCAAGAAUCCAAAGAAUUUAGUGUGGCAUGUUAUUAAAAAGUUCUCUGAUACUUCCUACCUUUUCUUAAUAGCCACCUGUGACUGUCCCUGAACUACUUCUGAACAUAUUUCUAGCCCGUUCUACCCCUUCUUUAUUUUACUCAUUGAUGUAUAACCUAUUUGUUCUAAAUAUGCCUUUUUGAAUGUUCUAGUCGUACCUGCUAAACAUGGCAUUUUACAUUUUGGUGAUCAUUUAGUUCCAUGAUCAUCUUCCUAAUGUCUCCUUCUUUAUGUAACCAUCCAAAGAUAAAAAUAGCUCUUAAUCAGGCCCCAUUUUCUUGGGGAACUGCUGAACAUGUGGAUGGUCACCACAAACUAUUUUUUGGAUACGUUUCUACUCUUAAUUGCACCAAAGAGUUUCAGUUUUGUCUUUCUCAGGACAGCAAAAUAUCUCAGGUAGAACAAGGUGAUGUUCUGCCCUCUUGUUCUGGCUCUCAUCAACAAGUUUCCUUUGAAUGGUCUGUUUAGUGCCAUGAUUUUUGGUUGUUGUUUUUGUUUCUUUUUUGCUCCUUUUUUGGUAAUUUUGCUGUUUAAAAUGGUCCCAAGUGUAGUGCUGAAGCGCUGUCUGGUCUUCCUAAGUGCUUUGAUGUGCUUUUACAGAGAAAAUACAUGUGUUAGAUAAGCUUUGUUUAGGCAUGAGUUUGGUACUGUUGAGUUCAAUGUUAAUGAAUCAACAAUAUUCGUUAAAUAAGAUGUCUUUAAACAGAAACACACAUAAAACAAUAUUAUGUAUUAACCAGUUGAUGAAAAUGUUGUGACCAGAGGCUCACAGGAACCUCACUCUGUAUUAACCAGUUGAUGAAAAUGUUGUGACCAGAGGCUCACAGGAACCUCACUCUGUAUUUCCCCUAGGAGCAGUGUUUCAGUAUUCACUAAUUCAGUGUUUAUGAUGACUUUAUAAAACAUUACUGCAAAUAAUGAGAAUUGAUUAUAGCUGUCAGUAACUGAACCCACACUACUGUGUCCAACUAAAGGGUAGGUUUGCUAAAAAAUACUUGUUAAGCAGCUACUAUGCACUAUACUCUAGGGAUACAGGUCUUGUACAAGAUGGUCGUAGUCCUUAGCUUUAUGUAUCUUAUAGCCUGAUGGUGAUGUUAAAUUUUUAAAAUACCUUGCAGAUAUCUGCACUAAAAUGUAAUCAGCCACCUGAAAGCUCCUCUUCACUUGGUCCUCCAUCCAAUGAGAAUCUUGAUAGGCAACAUAUUAAUAUAUCUUUUCCCACUCAUAAGAGAGGUCUAGAAAAAGCCUACUCCAGGUAUUGCAGAAAGGUUAUUUUGAAUGCUAACCAAUCACAGCUGUUUGCAUCACUCUGCUGAAAAUGACUAUCACAACAUCCUGUAUUGAGCAGAAAAAAGUUACUGAAAUCUUAUAGUAACAGCUUAUAUGCCUUGUAUUUGUCUAAUUCUGUAUGGCUUCCCUAUGUUUGAUAUUUCAAUGUUUGGAAGCAGAUGGAGUCAUUGGUCCACAUACAGCAUGGUGAUAUAGACUUUCUGCUUAAUCAAGUCUCCACUAUGAUUCUAGACUCUCUUGCUGUGCAUUUAACUGCCUUUCCUAUGAUUCUGAAAAUCAUCCUUGUCCAGAACUUCCCAUAUUGUACUCUGUAAUCCUGUAUGAACAUCUGCCCUUUGAAUUUGUUUUGGGACCACAUUCUUAUCCUCAGAAGGGGAGCCACCAACUUCCUACUUGUAUUUAUGAUGAUUCCUUCUCUGCUUACCCCUCCCCCUUCCAACACUCAAGAGGCUAAUGUAUGAUUUAUGAAAGCCUCAUUUUCUUUUAGAUCCUCUCCCUUUCAUCAUGCUGGUUUGUAUCACUCAGCUGCUUGUGUGAUCCAAGUUGGUGUGGGACCCCUCCGGGUCACUGGAGACCUUCUUGUGAACACAGCAACUAAUUUCAGUUGUCACUCUGACAAUUGCUCUAAGUUCAGGCUUCACAGUACAGAAUCUUAGCAGCUGUAUUUCUAUUACUGCAACCAUUUCUGUACCUAUUUACUACUUGGGCAAUCCUUGCAGUCAUUAGAUUUGCCAGUCUUCUCCAAAUCUGCAAAUAGAUUCUUGAGUUAUGCUACAAAAUAUUUUCUUUGAAUUGCUAGAGUAAUAAGAGGAGUUUUAUUAAUCCUCUAGAUGGGUUUUGGUGAAAGACAGCAACUUCCCACCUAGGUGGUGAACUUCAGUAGGGCAAAGUAUGCAUUGUCUGUCUCCAACACUGUCUGGUGCUGAGCAGAAUACUGGCAUUUAAUGUGUUUUGUUUUGUUUUUUUUUUUUCACUAGCUGAUGGGGCUAAGUGCCAACUUGGAUCCUCACAUUUAUUGAAAGCCCUGCUUACUUCUUGUAUGAUAUAUAAAUAUGUAAUCCUUUAUUACAUUACUUUUUUAAUGGCUUAUUCAUUGCCACUAUAUAUGCGAGUGGUAUUUAACUGUUUCACACCCAUUUUUAUGUUUUGUUUGACUUUAUACAGUAUAUAAUAUUGAAAGUUAUCAAUUUUCUUCUGAAAAGCCACGCAUUAUAAAGCCAUCUCUUACAAUUAUGCGGUGAAGGUAGGAAGAACAGAAAGCAAGAAAAUCAGUGUCUUGCUCUUGUCUAAAUAUUUAAAUAUAAGGGGAGGAGUUAAUAUGACUUCUCGUAUUGAGUGAGUUAUUUGUAAAGAAGAUUGAAAGGAUGGAUAUAUUUUCACUAAGAAUUCAUUAUUUGGUGAAUGAAAGAGUAUCUGUCCCAUUUUAGAAAGAAUGCCUUAAUAUUGUGCUGUGUUUUAGGGCUUGAAGAUUUUUUCUUCUACUACUACCACUUCUUGGUUUGCUUGUUUAUAGCACUUACCUUGAUUGAGUCUUUCAAAAAGAAUACAUGCUCUAAAAUCAGAAGACCCUAGCUUCUCAGGGUUUUUUUUUUUUUUUUAAUGUGGCCUUUAUCUCUCUUCUUUGUUCUCUUCUUAUCCCCUCAAAAUAUAGCUGCAAGUAAAUUGUAAACUAUGAAGCACUAUAUCCAACUAGCAAAGUAUCAUUGUCAUCAUCACUAUCACAUCCUUUGUAAAUCAAGACCAACCCCAUAACCCUAGAUAUUUUAAGAAAUUACCAGAAUUAUAUCUUUGGGAAAUGGUCUCUGUCAGCCCAAAUCUAAUAUAAUAAAUGCAAGCACUUUGCCCAGGCAAAUUCCUGAAAAGAACACAGUGCCACAGAAACAGUUCAGAAAGUCCUGUGAGUCUUGGUCAAUGAUUAUCUCCUGUUGCAGAAUUAACAUGGUUUGGCAACUGACCCAGAGGUGGGAGAGCGAGAAAAGAAGUGACAAAAGCAUCAAGAUUCCUCAAGUAGAUACAUCAUGAAAUGAGUUGGAGUAGACUCAGAUAUUGUAUUCAGAAUAAAAGCCAGGAGAUUUGACUAUCUCCAUACCAGAUUAUUGCUGUCUUAUUUGAAGAAUCUUAUUUUGCUAUGAAGGGUUGGAAACAAACAUUCCUGCAGAGAGCUGUUAGUCUUGACCUUUGCUGAGUGCAUAAUAUUCUGGGUGAACUAUGAACAGAAAUAUUAUACUGUACUUUCUUGUCUUAUAGUUAGGAAAGUUUUCAAAUAAAAAUUUUGCACAUGUGAUAUGACAGUUGCAAGUGAGCAUUUGAGGAGACUAGAACUUUAUUGCAUUUGAGGCUAUUCCAGGGAGAUUACGUGGUAAUCACUCUACAUAGGAUGCCUUUGUUUGGUCAAAAUUCUAGUGAGAUGUGACCUUGCAAAGAUUUUUCCAGAGUAUUUCUGGAGGAUGCCAAACUUGAGUGAAUUGUUAACAUGUCUAAAAGUAUUCCUGUGGUCACUCCUGAAUUGGAUUUUUAACUAUGUUAGCUCCAGAUGUGAAGAAAGUAUAUAAUAAUAGAAAAUGACUGUUCUCCAUCUUUUACACAGAAAAUUUUGUUAAUUAAAAUUUCCUCAGGCUAUCCCACUACAUGAUCCCCGAAGCACUUUCUCCUGAGUAAACCAAUAGGCUCUGACUCUUUCUCAACCUCUUAUGAUAAAAACUGUUUUGAUGUACUGUUGGAUUCAGUUUGCCAGUAUUUUGUUGAGGAUUUUUGCAUUGAUGUUCAUAAAGGAUAUUGGCCUGAAGUUUUCUUCUUUUGUUGUGUCUCUGCCAGGUUUUAAUAUCAGGACGAUGCUGGCCUCAUAGAAUGAGUUAGGGAGGAGUCCCUCCUCCUCAAUUUUUUGGAAUAGUUUCAGCAGGAAUGGUACCAGCUCUUCUUUGUACAUCUGGUAGAAUUCAGCUGUGAAUCUAUCUGGUUCUGGGUUUUUUAUGUUUAGUAAGCUAUUUAUUACUGACUCAGUUUCAGAGCUCAUUAUUGGUCUGUUCAAGAUUUAAUUUCUCCCUGGUUCAGUCUUGGGAAGGUGUAUGUGUCCAGGAAUUUAUCCAUUUCUUCUAGAUUUUCUAGUUUAUGUGCAUAAAGGUUGUUCAUAAUAUACUCUGAUGGCUAUUUGUAUUUCUGUGGGGUCAGUGGUAAUAUCCCCCUUGUUGUUUCUGAUUGUGUUUAUUUGAAUCUUCUCUCUUUUCUUCUUUAUUAAUCUAGCUAGUGGUCUAUAUGUUUUAUUAAUUUUUUUCAGAAAACUAGCUCCUGGAUUUGUUGAUCUUUUGAAUGGUUUUUCAUGCCUCAGUCUCCUUCAGUUCAGCUCUGAUUUUGCUUAUUUAUUGUCUUUCGCUAGCUUUGGGAUUGGUUUACUCUUGGUUCUCUAGUUCUUUUAGUUGUGAUGUUCAGUUAUUAAAUUGAGAUCGUUCUAACUUUUUUGAUGUGGGCAUUUAGUGCCAUAAAUUUCCCUCUUAACACUGCCUUAGCUGUGUUCCAGAGAUUCUGGUAUGUUAUAUCUUUGUUCUCCUUAGUUUCAUAGGAUUUCUUGGUUUCUUUCUUUUUGAAUGGAGUUUCGCCCUUGUGGCCCAGGCUGGAGUGCAAUGGUGCAAUCUCAGCUCACUGCAACCUCCAUCUCCAGGGUUCAAGCGAUUCUUUUGCCUCAGCCUCCUGAGUAGCUGGGAUUACAGGCACCCACCACCACACCCGGCUAAUUUUUGUAUUUGUAGUAGACAGGGUUUCACCAUGUUGGCCGGGCUGGUCUCAAACUCCUGAGCUGAGGUGAUCUAUCUACCUUGGCCUCCCAAAGUGUGGGAAUUACAGGCGUGAGCCACCGCACCCAGCCAGGACUUCUUGAUUUCUGCCUUAAUUUCAUUAUUUACCCAAAAGUCAUUCAGAAGCAGGUUAUUCAGUGUCCAUGUACUUGUAUGGUUUUGAGUGAAAUUGCGUUGUCUUGAUUUCUAAUUUUAUUGUGCUGUCAUCCAAGAGAUUGUAAUGAUUUCAUUUCUUUUGCAUUUGCUGAGGAGUGUUUUACUGCUGAUUAUGUGAUCAAUUUUCAAAUAUACAUCAUGCAGCAAUAAGAAGAAUGAACAUUCUGUUUCUUGGGGAUGGAGAGUUUGGUAGAUGUCUAUCAGGUCCAUUUGAUCCAGUGCUGAGUUUGGGUCCUGAAUAUCUUUGUUAAUUUUCUGUCUUGAUUAUCUGUCUAAUAUUGUCAGUGGGUGUUAGACUCUCACACAAUAAUAGUGGGAGACUUUAUGUCUCUUUGAAGGUCUCUAAGAACUUGCUUUAUGAAUCUGGAUGCUCUUGUGUCACACACAUUUAUAUUUAGGAUAGUUAGAUCUUGUUGAAUUGAACCCUUACCAUUAUCUAAUGUGCUUCCUUGUCUUUUUUUAAUCUUUGCUGGUUUAAAGACUGCAUCUGAAACUAGAAUUGCAACAUCUGCUUAUUUCUGUUUUCCAUUUGCUUGGUAGAUUUUUCUUCAUCCCUUUAUUUUGAGCCUAUAUAUGUCAUUGCAUGUGAGGUGGGACUCUUGAAGACAGCAUACCAAUGGGUCUUGGUUCUUUAUCCAGUUUGCUACUCUGUGUCUCUUAAUUGAGGCAUUUAAAUCAUUUACAUUCAAGGUUAGUAUUAAUAUGUAUGGAUUUGAUCCUGUCAUCAUGCUGUUAGCUGGUUAUUUUGCAGACUUGUUUAUAUGGUUGCUUUGUAGUGUCACUGGUCUGUGUACUUCAGUGUGUUUUUGUAGUGCCUGGUAAUGGUCUUUCCUUUCCAUAUUUAGUGCUUCUUUCAGAAGCUUUUGUAAAACAGGUCAGGUGGUAACAAAUUUCCUAAGUAUUUCCUUGUCUGAAAAGUAUCUUAUUUCUCCUUUACUUAUGAAGCUUAGUUUGGCUGGAUAUGAAAUUCUGGGUUGGAAUUUCUUUUCUAUAAGUAUGUUGAAUAUUGCCCCCCAAUCUGUUCUGGCUUGUAGGGUUUCUGCUGACAGGUCUGCUGUUAGUCUGAUGAGCAUCCCUUUGUAGGUGACCUGACCUUUCUCUCUACCUGCCUUUAAUAUUUUUUCUCUCAUUUUGACCUUGGAGAAUCUGAUAAUUAUGUGUCUUGGGGAUGAUCUUCUUGCAAAGUAACUUCUGGGAUUCUCUGCGUUUCCUGAAUUUGAAUGUUGGCCUCUCUAGCUAGGUUAGGGAAGUUCUCAUGGUCGAUAUCAUGAAAAAUGUUUUCCAAGUCAGUUCAAUUCUCCCCGUCUCUUUCAGGAACACCAGUGAGUCAAAGAUUUGGUCUCUUUAUAUAAUCUCAUAUUUCUCAGAGGUUUUGUUCAUUGAUUUUCAUUAUUUUUUCUCCAUUCUUCUCUGACUCUCUUAUUUCAGAAAGCCGCUCUUCAAGCUCUGCAGAUUCUUUCCUCACUUGGUCUAUUCUGCUAUUAAUACUUAUGAUUCCAUGAUGAAAUUCUUAUAGAGUGUUUUUAAGGCCUAUCAGGUUGGUUACGUUAUUUUCUAUACUGGCUAUUUUGUCUGUUAGUUCCUGCAUUGUUUUAUUAUGAUUUUUAGCUUCCUUAGAUUGGAUUUUAAUGUACUCCUGUAGCUCAGUGAUCUUUGUUCCUAUCCAUAUUCUGAAUUUUAUUUCUGUUAUUUCAGCCAUCUCAGCCUGGUUCAGCACCCUUGCUGAAGAGGUGAUAUCAUCAUUUGAAAGAAAGAAGGCACUCUGGUUUUUUGAGUUGUGAGGGUUCUUGCACUAAUUCUUUUUCUUAUUUCUGUGGGCUUAUCUUACUUCGGUCUUUGAGGUUGCUGACGUUUGGAUGGGUUGAUUUUAUUUGAAUGGGUAUCCUAUUUGAUGACCUUGAUUGUUAUCAAAUUGUGAUUGUGAUAUAAGGUGGAUUCAGCUGACUGGCUUCAUUUCUGGAAGAUUUUAGGGGGUCAGUGCUCAGCUCCCACCUCCUGGCCUGCGUGCUCUAACUCUGGGGAACUUGUAUUGGGGCCGUGACUUUGUUCUCUGGCUCCUUAAGGUUAAAAAUCCACUGUGCUGGAGGUGGCCAAGGUGCUCCCAGACUGCUGGUUACUACACUUCAAUGGGUGGUGUCAUCCAAAGCAUUUUAUAGUGCAGUGACAGCAGGAUCCAUCCUCAUUCACACAUGUCAGCAGCAAUGGUAGCCACAGCAGGGUGCCUGCCUCCCUGUGGUCAUUCACCACAGUGGCAGAGGUAAUGCAGCUGUUGGGUAAGAUGGCCAGGGGGGCCCCUGCUGGUGACCGUGCAUGGUCAUGUUGGAGGUGGUGUUGACUCAGAAGCAGGACACUAGUGGGCACAGGUCUAGGUGCCUUCUUUGUGCUCUGCAAGCAGGAGUGGUUGCUCAGGGUGGGGGAGGAUCUGCUGUUCUCUGCACAGUGUUAGCACAAGGGUGGGGCACUGGAAGGGGUGGGGCUGGCUGGCUCUGUGCCCACCAAGGCUCCAUGUGCAAUGGCGAUCAGUAGAAUGAGGUGAGGCAGACUGCACUCUCAUGUGCUAGCAGGGCAAUAAAAGCAAAACCCACUCAUGCAAACACACACCAGCAAAACGAUUUGGGGAAUUGCCAUGGGCCCUGGGGGGGAAGCUGCAGUAUGGGGAGGGAGCAUGUGGGCUGGUAUGUGGCAGUAGGAGCCACCCUGUUGGAGCUCUCUGCCAGUCAGGCAUGGUCUGCCACCACAAAAACCAUGAUGUGGGCCCCCAGGGCACCUGAGACUAUCCUGUAAGCAGGCUGGGGCCCCAGGAGAGGCCACCAUACCAAGGGUUGCUCAGGUCACACUGGCCCCAUCUGAAGGGCAAGAUUGCCCUGCAGAAUUCAGGACCGAUAGUUCCCCUAGGGCUAAAGUCUCUUAUAGGAACAAGUCAAGCCUAGUGGGAUAUCUGUCCCUGACUGUGCUCUACUACAGACACUCCCACACCAAACCCUCCAGGCUCCACUUCAGCUGGCUGUCUCUACCACUUCUCUAAGCAGCUCUCUCUGCCAAUUCAAGUGUCCAUGGUGGUUGAGAGGUCUCUUCCUGCCAAGGUUCCAGAGGCCCAUGGUGAGAGUGGGUUGCUCCUUGUCAGUUCAACUCAUUCAUUCCCCCAAAGCCAUUGGGAAUCAGGAACGAGUCCAAAUAUGCUGUAUCCCCAUGUAGGUUUUCCAGCUUUCUCCCCUUUCAGCCCAGCUUCUGUGUCUUCCCUUCAUUCACAGUGUCUUCCCUCUGAAGAUCUGUUAGGAGCACGCUAGUCGUCUCAGUCCCUUGGUGGGAAUGAUUCCACCUGUCUGUCUAGUUGGCCAUCUUGCCCUCCCCCUCUACUUUCCUUUAUUUUACCUCAAAAGAAAACUGAAUUUAACCCAAAGCUUCUUCAUCUCUUUGAAUUUAUACUGUUCCUUUGAGUAUCCUUUAAGUCCCAUCAUAAGCACUACCCUCCAUAAAGCUUUGUGCAGUUCUUCUAACCUCAUUGAUCUGCCUCUGCUGCUCUGCUCUGAACUUAAUCCCUAUUUUUAGGCCCUUAUCCUUAACCUUGUAGAAGAGUCACUUGUGUUCCUGUCUUGGGUCCCCCUGUUUCCACAGGCAGAAAACUGCAUGCCUUAUCCAUUCCUCCACUCCCUAUGGUGCUUAGCUUGGCAUCUUCCUAACACAGGCUAGAUGGGCUCUGUCUCUUGCCGCAUAUGCACAUUGUGAAGCAAUAUGUCAUAGAUGUCAGAUGUUAACCAUGGAAGAGACCUCAGAGAUUAACUAGUAUCAUCUCUUCAUUUUAACAUGAGAAAACUGAGAUGUGCAAAGGCCAGCCACCCAAGGUCAUUGGUGAGAUGGUGGCAGAGCUAGGUCACCUGACUCCCUGUAAAUUACCACCUUCUAAAAUGUAGAGGGAAAUAUGAUGUCAGAGGAGAGUAUUUUGUGGUCAUGAAAUAGUAUGGAUUGCCUAUAUCCUGAUGGAAAUAAUAGAGCAGAGGGGAAAAUUGAUGAUGCAGUGAUUAUAAGAGGGAAGUUAUCAAGUAGGUAAAAGGGGGUAAAAUCCAGUACACAAAUAGAGGACUUAGAAACUAGCCUGGACAAUUUACCUGUAGUGACAGGAUGGGAUACUGAGUGUGUGGGAAUAGAUGUAGGUAGACUGGUAGAUAUCAAGAGCAUGUGGAAGUUUCCUUCUGAACUUUUCUAUUUUUCUAUUGAAUAAGAAGUAUGGUUUACAGAUAAAAAUGGUUUAUGCAUAAAAAUGAGGAGGAGGCAGAAGACAUUGUAGGUUUGAAGAGAGAAGAGAUUAACAGUUUUUCUAGGAGAGUGGGAAAGAGAAUUGAUGAGGGAAUCAUAGUAUGAUUUCAGGCAGCUGUGACCAUUAAGGUUUGUGGUCAAACAAUGUUUUUCAGUGGAGAUGCUGUCAGUGUUUCAGGCAGGCAUCUUCCUUGGCAUUUAGCAUCCCUGGCCCUUGGUAGUACCCCUCAAUCAUUGUGUUGAUCAAAAUGUUCUCUGCCCCACUUCCAAACACUUCCCAGGGAACUGAACCUUUCCUGGUUGAGGACCACAGAAAGACCAAUCACAAAGUUGCAUAGUUUUCUUCAGUCACAUUCAGAUGUUGGCAGGGACUAUGCAAAAUCUGGGUUUAUGAGUGUUAGGGUUAGACAGAAAAGGACAGUGAAAAGAGAGAGAGUCAAAGGAAUUGAAAGUGUAUGUAAUGCAGUAAUUAUAACAGAUUUUAUGAACAACAAAAUACCUCUGCUGGCCUGAGGCAACUCAGGACACCACAGUGGGAAGGGAAUGCCUGGCUACCAUUGAUGAACAUUUGGACAUGUGUCCGAUUUGGGGCUAUUAUUAAUAAAGCUUAUAUGAAUAUUUUAUACAUAUCUUUGGGUGGACAUAUGCAUUUAUUUCUGUUAGGAAUAUACACAGAGAAAUAGAGUUCUCUUGGGACUUGCUUGAUCAAAGGGAAUGCGUAUCUUUAGCUUUAUUUAAAAUUGCUGUAUAUUUCCUUAAAAAUUACACAUACACAUACUAUGACUUAGCCAUUCCAUUUCUGGUAUUUACCCAAGAGAAAAUGAAGCAUAUGUCUGCACACACAAAGACUUGCAAAUUAAUAUUCAUAGCAGCUUUAUUUGUAACAGCAAAGAACCAGAAACAACCCAAAUGUUCACAAGCAGGUGAAUGGAUAAACAAAUUGAUGUGUAGCCAUACGACAGAAUAACAUUCAAUAAAAAACAAAGCAAACAAAACAACUACUGAUACACACAACAUGGGUGAAUCUCAAAAUAAUUGUUUUGGGUAAAGAAGCUAGACACAAAGAGUACAUACUAUGUGAUUUCAUGUAUAUAAAAUUCUAGACAAUACAAGCUAAUUCAUAGUGCUAGAAAGCAGAUCAGUGGUUGCCUGAGUGUAGUGAGGAUUGAUUAGAGAGAAAGGGAAGAAUUGCAAAAGGCAUGAGGAAACUUCUGGGAAUGUGGACAUGUUCAUUUUUUUUGGCAUGGUAAUGGAUUCAUGGGUAUAUACAUAUGUUAAAAAUGUAUCAAAUUGUACACAUUAAAAAUGUGCAAUUGGGUUGGGCAUGGUGGCUCACACCUGUAAUCCCAACACUUUGGGAGGCCGAGACGGGCGGAUCACGAGGUCAGAAGAUCGAGACCAUCCUGGGUAACAUGGUGAAACUCCAUCUCCACUAAAAAUACAAAAAAAAAAAAUUAGCCAGGCAUGGUCGUGGGCACCUGUAGUCCCAGCUACUCGGGAGGCUGAGGCAGGAGAAUGGCAUGAACCUGGGAGGUGGAGCUUGCAGUGAGCCGAGAUUGUGCCACUGCACUCCAGCCUGGGUGACAGAGUGAGACUCUGUCCCAAAAAAAGAAAAAAAAAAAAAAGAAUGUGCAAUUGAUUGUAUAUGAAUUAUAGUGAAAGCUAUGAAAAAUUUUUAAAAAAUGACUGAAGUUUUCCAAAGUGGUUGAACUAUUUUAAAUUCCUGUCAGCAAUGUGUGAGAAUUCUAGUUGUCUACCACAUCUUUACCAAAAAUUGAUCUUAAUUAGUGCCUUUAAUUUAACCAUUUGGUUGUAGUGUAGUGGUGUCACAUUGAGGUUUUCAUUUGUAUUUUUCUGAUGUCUAAUAAUAUAAACUUCCUUUUUCGUAUGCUUAUGAGUCAUUUGAAAACACACUCUUUUGUUAUGUGUCUAUUUCCAGUAUUUCUCCCUUUUUAUUGAAUUCCUUAAAUUUGUAGUUCUGACUAAGUCCCUUGUCAUAUAUAUUACAUAUCUUCCAAAAAUCUUCUCACAGUCUGUGGCUUGCCAUUUCACUCUAUUGUCUUUUGUUGAAUAGUUCUUAAUGAAAUCCAAUUUAUUACGCUUUUCUCUUUAGCACUUUAUAUAUCUUGUUUAAAAUGUUUUAACCUAUCUAAAAUAAUGAAGUUUUUUUUUCUAGAAGUUUCAUUGCUUUAGUUUUCAUAUGUAAGCUAUCACAAUUUUUAUUUUGGUGUGAUGUGAAGUAGAGGAUUAAUGCUUCUUUUUAUUUUAAUGGAUUCCAAUUGACCCAAUACUGUUCAGUGAGAAGACUGGCUUCUCUUGCACUCAAUUGCAAUGGCACCCUUGUCACAAAUCAAGUGACCAAAUGAAAACCAUUUCUCAUGCUUCAUUUGUAAUUUUUCUUUGCCAUGUUUAUAGGUUUUAUAUCAAGAAUGUGCUGAUCUCGUAAAAUAAGUAGAGACCAGAGGGUCUCCUUUAUAUGCUCUGAAACAUCUGUACUUUAGAAAUUAUAUAUUCUUUACAAUUUUGAAAUACUUAACCCUUAGUUCUACAUGGGGGAUAAGGUAAAAAACAAAUGAAAUACUUAACCUUAAAGCUAUUUUUAUCCAGUCAGCAUCCAAUCAAGGAAACAGGAACCACUCGAAUAUUUAAAAAAGAAGGUGAUAUGGUUAGGCUUUGUGUCCCCACCCAAAUCUCAUCUUGAAUUGUAAUCCCCAUAAUCCCCAUGUGUCAAGGGAGAGACCAGGUGGAGGUAAUUGAAUCAUGGGGACGGUUCCUCCAUGCUGUUCUCAUGACAGUGAGUGAGUUCUCAUGAGAUCUGAUGGUUUAAUAAGGGGCUCUUCCCCCUUCACUUGACACUUCUCCUUCCUGCUGCCUUGUGAAGAAGGUGCCUUGCUUCCCCUUCAUCUUCUGCCAAGUUUGUAAGUUUCCUGAGGUCUCCCCAGCCAUGCAGAACUGUGAGUCAAUUAAACCUCUUUCUUUAUAAACUACCCAGUCUUGAACAGUUUUUUAUAGCAGUAUGAAAAUGGACUAAUACAGAAGGAAUUUAAUGCAGGGAAUUAAUUAUACACGUGAUGGAAGGAGCUGAAGAGCCAACCAAAUGGAAUUUGCAAUAGCAGAUGCCCUCCCACUUCUAACCAGGAGGGAACAAAAGGAGGAGGUGAUAUCACUGCAGUUGAAAGGUUGAAGUCAUCAGGUGGAAGCUGGAACCAUGUUGGUGUGACUAGAAGAAGCUGAAACUAAGAAAAGAGGCAACCAGUGUGGGAGACUCCACCAGAGGCAGAGUAGAAUGGGACAAAAAACAAACAAACAAACAAAAACCCAAAAACCUGGCUUAUCCCCUCCCCUAGUCUCCAGCCUCUUGCUGUUACCUCCCGAUUCCUGAAUCUACCAGAAGCCAGCUGACAUAGGAGCCUCGGAAGCAUGCCCUGCAAGGGCCAGCCUCAGGAGGAUAAUGCCUAGAAGGGGAAGGUUACAGAGUGAUCUGGGGCAGAAGGCCCAGGACUAGUACCAUAUCUGACCCAGACCCUUUCUCUGGAGUUAGUAAUUGGUUUUUCUUCUAAUUCUUGAGUCAGUUUUGGUUAUCUCUAUUUUCCAAGAAAAUCGUCUAUUUUACAGAGGUUUUUAAAUUAGUGUAAAAUUAUAUUUUAUCAUAUAAAAUCUCUGUUUAUAGUUAAUUUCUUUUUCUUAUUCUAAUUUUGUAUAUGCAUAAACUUAAAUAUUUUUCUGCAUUUGUGACAAUUGCCUAGGGACAGGCAAUUUUAUUUAACAUGUUCCUCUGACCCUUGUCCAUUCUUUGAUUAAUAAAUAGGUCUAGAAGCUGAUCCAAUUCAGGAUCAGUUAUUUUGGCAUAAGUCCUUCACAGGCAGUGUGUACUUCCAUCAGGGGCCAUGUAAACAUAAAUGUUCUUUUUGAUGUUAAUAGCUAUUAUUGACUAUUGCCUAGAUACAUUAGGAGUUGCAAAUGCUGAAAAACUAAUUUUAUCAUUCUUUCUUUAUCAACUGGAACAAUUCUUUAAAGAAAAGCUAUCCCUCAUCACUAUUUGGUCACUCUUAACUGUCUCUUGACUUGCAUUUUUACCCUUUUAUUUUUACUUUUCCUUUAUACCUGACUUCCUUUACCAAAAUAGUAAUCUUUUCUCUAAAGCUACAGACCCCAGAAUUUUUGCAGAGAUGCUUAUGUAAUUUUUAAUUUAAUUUUUUUGGUAAACAAUACAGGUUUAAAAGGGCAUAGCAUAAAAAGUAAUCAUUUUCCCCCUACCUCCAGCCACUCAGUUCUCUCUCUGGAGGCAACCACUGUUACAAAUUUCUUAUGGCAGUUUCCAGAGGUAUCAAAACUAUAUAUUCAAAUGAUAAAGCAAAUGGGUUAAAAUGACAAUAAUGAGUGAAUCUGGGUAACAGUUAUAUAAGUGUUCUUUAUAUUGUUUUAUUUGUACAACUUUUGUAAGUUUUAAAGUAUUUCUAAGUAAACAGUAAUAUGCACAUUAAAUAAUAUAUGUAUAUAUAUACUUUUUGUUUAGUAACUCAAAUGAUACUAACUGUACACACCAUCCUGCCCCUUGCUUUUCUCAUUAAACAAUAUUAUCUUGAAGAUCUGCCCAUUAGAA